AUGAAAUUUCACAUUUUUUACUUGUUCCUCUACUGUUCCAUUGGUUUGCAUCCUGUUUUUGCCAAUGGAACAACUCCAAAUCCUCCUAUCCAUCCCCAAUUAACAGCUCUAUUAGCCAUCAAAUCGAAAUUAACCGACCCUCUCGAUCGUUUAAACGACUGGAAAUUUUCGGCCGACGACGCCGUUUUCUGCAACUGGACGGCCGUCUCUUGCAACUCCAGAGGCCGCGUCAUAAAGCUCGACUUAUCGAACAUGAACAUCAGCGGCCACGUGUCCCAAGAAAUUCAAAACUUAACGUCACUGGAAAUGCUUGACGUCAGCCAGAACAACUUUUUUGGUAGUUUCCCGGUCGGGCUCGGAAGAUUCCCCGGCCUGAUCAGCAUCAAUGCCUCCAGCAACAAUUUCCAGGGCCCACUUCCGGAAGAUCUCGGGCUUUCGUCCUCGCUCGAGAGCCUUGAUUUCAGGGGAAGUUUUUUCGAGGGCCCAAUACCGAAAUCUUUCCAGAGCUUGCGAAAGUUGAGGUUUCUUGGCCUGUCCGGUAAUAAUCUCACGGGGAGGAUUCCGGUCGAGCUCGGCCAGCUGUCGUCUUUGGAGACGAUGAUUAUCGGGUACAAUCAAUUCGAAGGUCCGAUUCCAGCCGAGUUUGGUAACUUAAGUAGUCUUAGGUAUCUCGAUUUGGCUGUUGGGACUUUGAGUGGUCAAAUUCCACCUGAGUUAGGUAAGUUGAAAAACUUGACAACGUUGUAUUUGUACCAGAAUGAGUUUGGAGGGAAUAUCCCGCCGGAAUUCGGAAAUUUGACGUCGUUACUGUAUUUGGAUCUCUCGGACAAUCAAAUUUCGGGCAGAAUACCGAACGAGCUGGCAGACUUGAAAAAUCUCCAGCUGCUGAACCUUAUGUGUAACAAUCUGAGUGGCCGGAUUCCUGAGAAACUCGGAGAGUUGAAAAGACUCGAAAUUCUCGAGCUGUGGAAGAAUUCGUUAACAGGGCAUUUGCCGGCAAACCUUGGAAGAAACUCGCCUUUGCAAUGGUUAGAUGUCUCGACAAAUUCACUUUCCGGCGAAAUCCCUCCCGGAAUGUGCUCCUCGGGUAACCUCACAAAACUCAUACUCUUUGAUAACUAUUUUUCGGGUCCUUUUCCUACCAGCCUUUCCAAUUGCUCGUCCUUGGUUCGUGUUAGAAUCCAAAACAACAACCUGUCGGGCUCCAUCCCGUUCGGCCUCGGCACACUUCCGAAGCUCGAGAGGCUCGAAUUAGGUAAUAACAACUUUAGCGGUGAGAUUCCUCGAGAUUUUACUCUUUCCACUUCGCUUUCCUUUAUCGACAUCUCGAGGAACCGCUUGGUUUCGUCUCUGCCCUCGGGCAUUUUUUCCGUUUCUACCCUUCAAACAUUCAAUGGCUCCGGUAACAACCUCCGUGGAAACUUACCGGAUCAAUUCCAAGAUUGCCCUUCCCUUUACAUGCUCGAUCUCUCUCACAACCAUUUCUUGGGCAACAUUCCUCACAGCAUUGCUUCUUGCAAGAAAUUGGUAACCUUAAAUCUCGCUAACAAUCAGUUCACCGGCGAGAUCCCACGAGCCUUAGCCAAUAUGCCGACUCUAUCCAUUCUCGACCUAUCGAGCAACGUUCUUGAGGGUAAAAUACCGGAUAGUUUUGGUAACUCCCCAGCUCUUGAGAUGCUGAAUUUGUCCCAUAACAAGCUCACGGGCCAAAUCCCGAACAAGGGCAUCUUAACCACUAUAAACCCGGACGACCUCAUAGGCAAUGCUGGUCUCUGUGGGGCCAUACUCCCGCCGUGCCCAGCCAACUUCACCAGCGGGCCUCAGCCCAAGAAGGCCCACACGAAUCACAUAGCUGUUGGGUUUGCAGUGGCCAUUUCAGUAAUUUUGUCUGCAGGGCUCGUAAUUUUCGCUGGGCGACAGGUGUACAAAAAGUGGUACCUCUGCACUGGCAACUACUCGUUCACGGACUGGUUCAAGAAGAAGAAGAACCUUCCCGAGUGGCCGUGGAGGCUCGUUGGCUUUCAGAGGCUUAAUUUCACGAGCACUGAGAUUUUGGCGUGUUUAAAAGAGUCGAACGUGAUUGGAGUAGGCGGGAAUGGAGUCGUGUACCGGGCAGAGAUCCAACGGCCGAGAACAACUGUUGCAGUCAAGAAGCUGUGGAGAUCGUCGGUUGAGACAGGGGACGAGCUAUUUGCUGAGGUGGACAUUUUGGGCAAGUUGAGACAUAGGAAUAUUGUGAGGCUUUUGGGGUACCUUCAUAACGAGACAGAUAUUAUGAUGGUUUAUGAGUAUAUGCCUAACGGGAGCCUCGGUUCGGCCCUGCACGGGAAAGAGGCGGGAAAAGUGCUUGUGGAUUGGGUUUCGAGGUAUAAUGUGGCACAAGGCGUGGCCCAAGGGCUUGCUUAUCUACACCAUGAUUGUCGUCCCCCGGUUAUUCAUAGGGAUGUGAAGUCGAAUAAUAUAUUGCUUGACGAGGAUUUCGAGGCAAGGAUUGCGGAUUUUGGGCUGGCUAGGACGAUGGCGCGCAAGAAUGAGACUGUGUCGAUGAUAGCCGGCUCGUAUGGGUACAUAGCACCAGAGUAUGGGUACACAUUGAAAGUAGAUGAAAAGAGCGACAUAUACAGCUUCGGGGUAGUACUUUUGGAGCUGGUGACGGGUAAAAUGGCGUUAGACCCUUGUUUUGGUGAGUCCAUUGACAUUGUGGAGUGGGUGCGGAUGAAAAUAAACGAGACUGCGUCGGUACUUGAUCGGGAUAUUGCGGGGCAAUGCAAGCACGUGCAAGAGGAGAUGAGUCUUGUGCUAAGGAUUGCACUCUUGUGCACGGCUAAGCUCCCCAAGGACCGGCCAUCGAUGAGGGAUAUUGUUACGAUGCUGGGCGAGGCCAAGCCCAGGAGAAAGAGCAUUUCCCAGAGCUGGGGUUAUGCUGCAAAUAAGGAGAAGUUGAUAUUUGCACAUUCACCAGUUAUAGGGCUUUUGUAG